AUGUCUUCGAACGGUUCUCAAGAAGGUUUUACAAAUAUUGAAAAUCCACCUCAGCCUAAGGAUAAUUAUGAGGAGACAGUACAAGGUGCAUUUCAAAACAAUAGUUAUGUAGGUGCCCCAACCAAUAAUUAUAGAAGAGCAUCUACUAGUCCCGAUACUACUAUAUUGGAACAACCUACUAAAAUGUCUAGAAAUCCAUCGAUGAAUAUGCAAGACGCAAUCCAUAUUAGAAGACUGUCAACUGAAAUUAACUCAGAUAAUUUGGUGGACGAUGUGUUAGAUAAUAGUGAUAAAAUUACGAAAUCUAAAGAAGGAAAGAAGAAACCUGUAGAAUUUAAUGGUAAAUAUAAUGAUGUGAGUUCAUCAUCUAAUAUUCCAAAAGAACAAACAGGUGAUAAUCCAUUUAGAAGAAGGGAAGGUUCUGCAUUUAAAUAUGAAGAUUAUAAAAAAGAAAUGUAUGAUAAAGUGGGAUUUGAGUAA